CCCUUUAUUGGAAUUCUAUUUUCUAAGGGUAAAAAUAAUUUACAAGAUGCUUGAUUGCUUACUUUUUAGACUGUCAGAGGAAAUAUGAUUUGUCGUAUGAAAGCAAGUCAAAAAUUCAAAGUCUACAUAAAUUGUAUUAUUUAAAGGAGCCAGAAUAUGAUGGUUUGUAACCAAUUUUCAAAUCAUCAUCAAUCAACUUGACUGCCACUGUUGUUUUCUUCCCUUGUUCCAGCUUAAGAGCUUGAGAACCAUUUGUAGAAAGCUGUAAAAGAGUAGUGCUGGACUUGUUCAACCCAGGACAAUGUCAAAAAAUUCGGUUGAAAAGUUUCUAAAACAAUAGACUUACUGCUUUAGGAUCCCUAUUGCUAAAAUUUGUUAGCCAAUUGGCCCCCUUUUUGGCCCCCUCUAGCAUUCAAUCAGCAGGAUGUCCCCUACAAAAUGGAGCUCUCAUUCUGAACAGAAAAGAGAAAACCACUUAGUAUUUGAAAUGUAAUUUAUUCAAAUUAAGAAUUAAACAUCAGACAUAUCAGACAUAAAAAUCAGACAUGAAAGAAAUAAAGGCAUGAAGCAUUAUGAUUUUCUAAGGAAGGCAACAUUUUGCUUGUUUUAAAAUGAUCUGGUUCUUUGAGCAGGUUUUUUGGAAGAUUUCUAAUGGUUUGCCUAAACUUUGGCUCCUGGUUGCUGAAAGAAAUUGAAAUGAUUCUGGGUUGUUUUCCACUUUCCGUCAGCCCUUGCAUUCCAAAUCUGCUGUAGCAUCCCUGCGCACACCUUUGUUUUUGAGUCUAUGCUGUGGGAAAAUGUUAGAGUUAGGGGGUAAGAGUUAGGGAGUUAUAGUUACGGGGUUAGAGUUAGGGGGUUGAAGGUUGAGAGUUGGAGAAAACCAAGAAAAAAUCAGUUGCAGAAAGUGAAAUAUUGAUUUGUACCCUUUCAUAGGCCAAUGAUUUACUUAUCUUAAAAGUGCUUAUCAAGGUACAGGAGGUUUAACAUUUUAAGGAGAUUUGACCUCAGCCAAUAUUUGGCUCUCUUUGUUUUUGUUUCCUUUUAUAAGCAUUCAGUUUUUCAAAGUUUGAAAUUUUAAUAAAUUUGCAUUUUUGUGUUGAUUGUAAAGCUUUUGAUGUUUAUUGGAUUGGAUUAUUGGUACUGCAUAACACAAUUAUGUCUAGUCUUUGCACAGCAGCAAAAAUGUUGACCUUAAACCACCUGCUAUUCAAUCCAAAACUUAACUGUUUGGUAGCAGAAUCAACUGAUUCCUGAUUGUGCUUUUAAAAGCUGUUCUUCAGCUCAGAUCAUGUCCCAUGGGUCACAUCCCAUAGCCUGUGCUGUUUGUACCUCUAGAUAAUAUCUUCACUGCUCUGUCCUUCUGCAUGCAGGCAGCUCAGGUCAGAGUUAGGUAACUAAGCAUCCAGUGAUAUUUUUGUCAAUGAUUCAGAUCACAACUCUUGUAUGGCUAAUAGACAUAGGAAUCAGGGGUGCACAGGGAGCAUGUUUGCAUGUGUCUAAAGUUCCUAUUUACAGCUAACAGAGGUGCCACUUUUUGCCUAUUUGUGUCCUCCACUCUCAGAAUACUUUGGCUACAUCUAUGGUCUGACCUUUUUGCAAACCAGCUGUCUGGUUGUAUGGGUUUUAGUUUCAACAAUAGAAAUUGUGAAGAAUGUAUCAAUAUUUUUUAUUACCAGAGACAAGAAGAUAAUAUUGUUUGUUUAGCUGGCUGAUUCCAAAUAAAACAAUUUCUUGAUGAGUUAGAGAGAUACCCUAUUCUGUUCUGUGAUGUCAAAUUUUCUAUGAAUUUGAGUUUAAAAGUGCUGAUGAUCUGGGCAACCAAUACAGAUUGAAUGAUGAGAGGGGGUUAACUAAUAUCUAGGGGGCUGCUGCCCCUUGCCCCUUGCUCUCCUGGCCCUCAAAUUGGCCUUGCAUAAUUUUUUUAAAGAAAGUAAGAGUCAUAAGUCAAAAUAAUCUCAGUUCAUAGUUAGUGUUAUCAAUUUUUAUCUUCCUAUUUGCCAAAAAUAGAUCAUAGAAAUAUUUAUGCUGUGAUUAGCCUGUUCUAAAAAUUUCACAAAAUCGUUCUAAAAGUCGUUUUUGGACGUUUCGGAAUUUAUCUUUUCCUGUGCAUUUAACUGUAGCAACAAAUUCUGGCCAAAUCUUUAGAAAUAUGUAAAUAUUCAAAGCAUUGUAAUGUAACUCGCGACCUUACAGUCUAAAAGACAUUAAGCUGUCAUCUGACAACUUCAAAUCUGGAGUGGAUUUUUUACAGCGGUCUGUAGAGUGUAGAUUGCGCGAUGCAAAUUCUAUGACCAGAGCAGUGCCGAUUUAAGGGGGGGGGGGCAACUAGUAGCAGUUGCCCUUCCCUCGACGAGUUAAAGCAAGUCUGGCGCCCCUUUUUUGGAAAUUGUGUGCCCCUUUUGAAUAAUGAGAAUCAGGUGAAAAAGUUUCUGAGACCGGUAGGUUAAUUUGCUUCAAGGAUUACCUCAAAGUUAUGUUUUUUAUUCCGAAAACGGAUCUGAAAUUUUUUUAUACAGCGUACUCUCGUCACCAAUUUUUGAAAAUUUUUCAGCGCCCCCACUACCAACUGCCCCUCCUUCAAGUUUGCUCUGGAUCCGCCCCUGGAUCAGAGGCUUCGGAUGCAAAUUGAAAAGUGGGGACCAAGGACACAUUAAAAGCCCAUAGCAAAAGAUUUUGCAAAAAGCUCUAUUGUUUUGUAAAAAGGGGGUGUGGGGCAAGUUGCGUUUGCGAUGCCGCUUUUCAAUCACGCGUCCUUUUUCUCAAUUCCCGGAACUGGGUGAAAUUCCUCGUCACCAGACUCCUUUGGAAAUGGCCUAACAGCCUAACACAUCAAAAACUGAUGGGUAAAAACACGGUGACGGAUGGAUAAGAUCCUGGUUGAGCUUAUGGCAACGGAAAUAUUAUGUUCAUCUAGCCAUUCAUCUUCCCAUUGCGCUAUAUAGACUGAAGUUAUUCAUUAUUCUAUGCAACGAAAAGCUUUUUUUAGGGUCAAUAUUCAAGCAGAUGGAGUAUCAUUAUUCGCCAAUUGACUGUUUGAUAAUAUUUGGAGUGAGUUAUUGCACAUUAACUCUGUUGUUUUUUACACUACAUAUCACCUAUGCAUUGCCAAAAUUUCUAGACAACUUGAAAGUGAAAUUGAAAGGGCCUUUGUUAUUUGUAACAGCUCAUCCUGAUGAUGAGUGCAUGUUUUUCGGUCCAAGUUUGGUUGAAGCUUUGAAUCAAAUCGGGAAAGAAAACGUGUACCUACUAUGCUUGACGAAUGGAGAUUAUUAUGGACAAGGCACGAUUAGAGAAAGGGAAUUGCUCCAAAGUUGCGCUGAAUUCGGCAUGAUCCGCGAUCAUGUGGAAAUUGUGAAAGCAAGGGAUUUGCAAGAUGGAAACAGUGAGUGGAAUAUGGACAGAGUCAUUGAAGAAAUAUUAAAUGCUGUUAAAAAGUUCGACAUCAAAUAUAUCGUUACCUUUGAUGAUUAUGGUGUUUCUGGACAUGUAAACCACCAAUCAAUUUACAAAUCACUUUGCAGAAUGAAAAGGAGCAGCAUAAGAAACUUACAUAAAGACAUAAAGCUCUUUUCUCUUGAGUCUGUCAACUUGCUUAGAAAAUAUAUAUCUAUUUUUGACUUGGUCCUUUCAGUAAUACAUUGUCUUGUUAAACAGUAUACUGAAGGAAGAAAGUUAAAGUUAAUCAUGCUGAAUUGGAAGGAUAUCAAAGUGCCAAGAAAUGCCAUGUAUAGACAUAGGAGCCAGUUUGUUUGGUUUAGAAAACUUUAUAUUGUAUUUUCAAGAUAUAUGCUGAUAAAUACUCUCAAUGUAGAAGGAUCAGUAGCUUUUGACAGAACUAACCUUGAUCAUUAAUUGAUUUAAAAUUCUCUAGAAAA